CACUGACAAUGUCGCCAUUUUGUCGUGGUGAUAAUUUGCUGUUGAUUUUGUCAAUUUGAUUGAUUGUGUUUGUCAAUUUCUUUUAUUUUUUUUAUACAUUACUCAACUAAGUAAAUAGAAAAAUAUUUUGUUAAAAUACAUAAUUGGUUAAUAUGUUGAAGAUUGUUUGUUGUAAGUUGCUUUGGAGUACCAAAUGUAGGGACUAGUGAUAUGCGUUUGUAUGUAUUUAUGUAGGACAGUACCUAUAGUUUUCGCGGGCGAUUUGAGUUGUUCAAGAUGAUGGGAAAGAGAAUGCAUCAUAACAGCAAGGGCAGACUUGCUAGUAAAGGCCACGACAAUGGAAAACCUUCAAGUCCUGGAAUAUCGCCAUACACUAAACCUGCUAAAAUCCCGGGUGCAGUCUCUGUCGCGAAGGUGAAGGUGGAGCCGUGCCCGAUUCCUUACAUAAAGACUCAGGAUAAUGCUGUACAUUUACCGCGAUUCACGGCUGUGGCGGCACGUUCAGCUGACGAGCCUAUCGGAAUGGAUGAGUUAGAUGGACUACAGCUGGAAUUAGAAUCAUUGCUUUGCAACACUGCCCUUCGUAUACGAUACUUCCAGUCGGAAAUUGACAACAUUGAUUCCAACGAAUCAAAACGAGAAAAAAAAGGCAAAGCAGCAGGCAAACAACUGCAAUACCCCGUUAAAAGGAAAUUCCAAGAUGACAAACUAGUCAAGACUAAAGACUAUACCAAGUUGUCGAAUCAACCCAAAAUUCCUAAAAUUAAAAACUUCUCCACACCAUCAUCAGGGUCUCACAAUUAUUCAAAUGAUCUUGUUAAUUCAGACAAUUCUGUCAAGCUGGAAUUAUCUCAGUUUGCAUUGCCCAAAAAUAAUAUUCCAUACAAAUUCUGGAACUCAGUUGACCCAUAUUGUGCUCCUGUUACUUUGGAUGAUAUCAAGUUUCUGGAAUCUUUAUUGGCUCAGAGUAGUAACACAACACUGCCUCCAAUACCGCCACUUGGAAAACAUUACUCUGAAGUUUGGGCAGAUGAGCAUCUUGCUGAAGAUCAGAAUGCAUCAAAUCCAAAUAAACAGAAAUCAUCAAUGUCUCCAGAAACAUCUAGCAUUCGUAAGAAGUUUGAAAAGUCUAGUGAGAAUAUGAUUACUGGCCCACUGACACAGAGGCUUGUGUCUGCAUUGAUGGAGGAAAAUGUUAUGCCAUAUGAAGUGCCUGAUAUAAAAGUAAAACAAGCCACAAACACUAAAAAUAGCUACAAAAAUUCUCUUACACUGGAGAAAUGUCUUAGGAAAGAAUUGGUAGAACAAGGCAUUCUUGAUCCUGAAGAUUUACCUCCUCUUACAAACCCUGCUGAUGAUGAAAUAUUAGCUGAAAUAAAAAAAUGCCAGACUGAAUUGACCGCUGUGCGAAAAGAGAAUUGCCGCAACCUUAAGAACCUUAUAGGACUGUGUAAACAAGAAAUGAUAAGAUUGAAUUUGAAAAAACAACUUGACCAAGUGGAUAUGGAGUGUAUAGAUAUUUAUAAAAAGAUGGUAGCUGCUAAGCAAAAGAAGCGUCCCAUAACUAAAAAAGAAAAAGAAGAUGCAUGGAGAGCAAUAAAUGAGCAGAUCAGGCUUAAUAAAGAAAUAAAUGCAUUGCCGCUCACAGGACCAAACUCAAGUUAAAUAAUCAUUUAUAAUUUGAUUGGGGGUAUUUUAUUGCUGUAGAUGCACACUUGGAAAAAUAAAUUACUUUUAUCUGCCUAACAUAAUA